CAAGAGAGGAAGAGAGCUUCACUCAGGUCCUCCAAAACAGCGACAAGUGGAGAAAAGCCCUCGGGUCAAACGGUGGAACAUGUGACCAGGCGUCCAAUGAAGAAGGCUGCUGCUCAAACUUCUGUCUUUGUUUCUUCGGGGCUCUCAGACGGUCUCCAGCCGCGCUCUGUGAAAGAACAGAAAGAUGCCGCCUGCGCCGGCAGAUGUGUUGGGUCCCAAGCCUGUGGACGGGGGCUGGGGCUGGAUGGUGGUGCUCGGCGCCCACAUUUCCAUUGGAUUCGCAUAUUCCACUCCCAAAGCCCUGUCCAUUUUCUUCAAGCCGAUCAAAGAAGACUUGGGGGCCAGCUACAGUGAAAUAGCAUGGAUUUCCUCCAUCAUGCUGGCUGUAAUGUAUGCAGGCGGUCCCGUGAGCAGCGUGUUGGUCCGUCGCUUUGGAAGUCGACCAGUGGUCAUGGUGGGCGGACUGAUGUGUGGGGUUUCUAUGGUAACGGCCUCAUUUGGGAGCUCCAUCGUUUACCUCUACCUUUGCAUUGGCAUUAUUGGAGGCUGGGGACUCUGCUUUAACCUGAACGCGUCUCUCACCAUCAUCAGUAAAUAUUUCCUCGCCAAGCGACCGUUGGCCAACGGCCUCGCCAUGGCCGGCAGUCCAGUGUUCCUUUGUUUCCUGGCCCCGGUCAACCAGUAUCUGUUAGGACACUUUGGCUGGAGAGGAAGCCUGCUCAUCCUCGGGGGUAUGAUGUUAAACUGCUGCGUUGCGGGGGCCGUAAUGAGACCCGUCGCUCGGCACUCUGCGCCACCGAAGGAAGUGGACCAGUCAAACAACACAAAGUCGAAAGGGAGCCUUCUGAAAAAAGCUAAGACCUUUGUGGAUCUGUCGUCCUUCAAGGAUCCGGGCUUUAUCAUUUACCUCGUUGGAAACGUGAUGUUCAUCUUUGGCGCCUACGCGCCCAUCGUGUUUUUGUCGGCGUACGCAGUCAGCCGAGGCGUAGAAGAGUACUCUGCCGCCUAUCUGCUCUCCGUCAUGGGCUUCGUCGACAUGUUUGUUCGGCCUCUCACGGGGCUGGUAGCCAACAGCAAGUGGGUCAGGCCGAGGAUCCAGUACCUCUUCAGCUUCGCCAUGGUCUUCAAUGGCACGGUCCACCUCCUCUGCCCCCUGAUGAGGACCUACCCGCUGCUGGUGGCCUACGCUGUGUUCUUUGGAGUGGGCUUUGGGAUGGUUUUCGCACUGAUAUUUGAAUGCCUCAUGGACCUGAUGGGAAACCAGCGCUUCCCCAGUGCUGUUGGACUGGUGACCAUCAUAGAGUGCUUCCCCAUGCUCUUGGGACCGCCGGCUGCAGGGCUGCUGGUGGACAUCUUUGAUGACUACAAGUACCUUUUCUUCAUGUGUGGAGGAGUGAUCACGACCGGUGGGCUCUUCCUCUUCGUCAUGAACGUCUACAACUACAACAGGUUAGAGAAAGCGAAUAGAGGAAGAGACACGGCGCAGAACCACAACACCGUAGAGAACCAGGAGCAGGCGAGCAGCUCCGAGGCUCAGGUGGAACUGAUGAACACGGCCCAACCAGAACCAGAACCAGAGCCCACAGAAGAAACUCGCUAAGCCAGUGAAGGUAACGCUCACAGAUUGGUAGUAACCAGCUACAUUUACUCAAUUACAUUUACUUCAGUAACGUUUUUGGAGAAAACAACCACCACAAAAAAAAAAAAA